GAUACAUUAUUCCAACUGAAGGUAAGCUUUUUAAAUAUUAUUAGACAACAAUGAUUUUUGAACAUUUCUUAUUUGACUGAUUUGCUGUUUGUUAGAGUCUUGUUUAACUAUGUGAUCUAUGUAAUUCAGUGUUGUAAAUUGGAUGAACAUUUUAUAGUUUACAACGAAGCAGUUGGAAAGAUUCUCAAAAAAGUGUGAGAAAGAGGAGAAGGCCCAACAGGCCAAAGUGAAAAAGGUACUUAUGGCAAAGCCUUUUAUACGACUAACUUGUAUUACUUUGCUGUACUUUAUCCGUGAAGCGGAAAAUUAGAACACCCAUACAUACAUACAUACAUACAUACAUACAUAGUUUAUUUGGUAACGCAGGUUACAGAAUACGCAAGACUGAAGUCCUGAUGUGGACCUGCCUAUCUACUUGUUAAAAACUUAAGUAUAUACAUGUGAAUAAAUAGAAAAUCAACAGAAGUUAAAUAAUAAAUAAUAAUAACAAUACAAAUAUAAAUAAGAUUAAUAAAGAAAUUCCUCAUUCCUAUUUCUUAUCAUGGAAGAUUCCUUAUUAUAUAGCUUAUAGAAUUAAUUAAGUCCUUGCUAGAUCUAAGUCUUUUUUUAAAACAUUCUAAGCUAGAAGACUUUUUGAUCGAAUCAGGAAGUGAGUUCCAAGCAAUGGCAGCUCUAUGCUUAAAAGUCAGCCCACCAAUUUCUGAUUUAGGACUUGGAAAUUCAAUAUUCAUUGAUUUCCUCAGGCAGUGAGAUGAUUGUUUUAACAUUACUAGAUCAUUUAAAACAUUGGUAUUGCAUCUAUAGUAGGAUUUAUCUGCUUCUACUAACAGUCUCUUAGUAUAGUAAAAUGAUAAAUUGUUCCAGCCUUUCAAUUUAUUUAAUUGAUCAGCAUUCGAAUUCCUUGAAAGUUUAAAAAUAAGUUUAGAAGCUUGUAUAUGAGCACGCUCAAGAUCAUCCAUUAGUGCAGGUGAGCAGGAACCCCAUACUAGUAUUCCGUAUGAGACACUUGGAAGUACAGUCCUAAAAUAAAUGGUCUGUAGAAUGGAUGAUGGCAAGAAUUUAAUUCUUCUGAGGACUGCCAGUAAGUUCAGUAAGUUCAGUCUUGUUUGCAGAGAUUUAUAAAUAAAACAUUGGUAAAUUCGGCUUCUUGCUCUUUGUACCAGAUUGAAACACAGUAAUUGUAGAGUUUACAUGUAUAUUAAACUUAAUUAGUUGAUUCAUUGAUGAUUUUUUGGGAUGGCGACCUUCCUAGUGAUAUACAGUCAUCCAUCACUAUUACUUUACCUGGGUACCUUCCUUGGAUGCCUGGGGCCCGUUUCUCGAAAGUCCCGGUAACUUUUCGGGCCCGAAAUCAAAUAUUCAAAUCGAAAUAUAAAAGCGCCGGUCCUGGCUAGCAAACUUUUCCAUUUUGUUUCAAUAACUUAUAGUUUUAUCAUGUUAGAUGCAAAACUAUUGAAACUUCAAUCUUUAAUGUAAACGGAGACAGCUUACCGGGCCCGUUAAUUACCGGGACUUUCGAGAAACGGGCCCCUGGUUCCAAACUGCAUCUUUGCUGAUUCUAUUACCUUUUAGCUUGAAAAUGUGACUGAAAAAACUCUUCCAUGGUCUGUUCCAGUAGUUUUGAUAAUGACCAGUUAGUAAACAUUCAUCAACACUUCUGGAAAGAGUGCCUUAUAAUAGUACACAAGCUUGCCUUCCACCAUACAAAUUUCAUGGAAAUUUUGCAACUUUAAAGCACUAUAUCCUCUUUAGUUUUCAACACAUCAGUGUCAAACUUGACAACUUUACUACUUUUAAGGCACUACUUUCAGCUGUAUUGACAGCUUUUUGCUAUGUGAUCCAUGACAAAAGCAGGUUAAACCAUGGAAUGGUAGAUCUGUUUACCAUUCCAACCACUCAUCCAGACCACUUGGACCUACCAUUGGUGACGACCUUACUCAGAUGGGGAUACGCAUGUCCCUAGUACGAAUUUUAAAAGCUGUUGUCUCACGUAUUGAAGAGGAGGCCAAGCCACUGGCAGUAUUUUACUGCUGUAUUUGUGAUUUUCCUUGUCACUGUCACAGUUUCAUCCAAUCUUCAUGUCGUUUGUCGCCAUUUACUCUGUCUUAUGCUGCUUUUUUUAAGGCCAUGUCACUUGUCUGAAGUUUACCCUAACAGGGCCUCAUUACUGGUAUUUUGUAAAUCGUCAGCAGCACCUUCCUCUGCAGAACUUACUACAGUGUAGAAAAUUUGACACUAUUUUCUUUCUUUGUGUGUGUGUGUAGGCUUUGCAGCAAAAAAACAUUGAAGGAGCACGAAUUUAUGCAGAAAAUGCAAUCAGGAAGAAGAAUGAAGGAUUAAACUUUCUAAGACUUGCAUCCCGUGUGGAUGCCGUGUCCUCAAAAGUUCAAAGCGCAAUGAUGAUGAAACAGGUACUGAUAUCACAGGUCCUGAAGGGGGGCUACAAUUCCCAUUUCCUCAUCCUAAAUUUUUCUUCAAAUCUUACCACCAACUGCGAAAAAAAAAAGCUAGAACAACCCUAUUCCCAUAGCUAAUGUCCCUUCAUUCCUGACCAAAUGUAUAAUCUGGGGUAGGCAAAUCCCUCUUCCCAUUUUAUCUCUUUAGUAUCCUGUACAUGGUAUUCUUGAUACAUUAUUAUUUCAAUUUACAGAAAUAAUAUAAGCAACAUGACAAGUCAUAGGAAUGUGCAAGACAGUUGGAAUGCUUUUUGUAGAUGAUUUCUUUAGGUCGUUAAACAGGGUAUCAUUGUUGGUUGUAUGAUCUUCUCAUAGUGGUCCUUUAUAUUAUAUUUCAUAGAAAUGGCUAUUGAAAUCUACUAGGUAUAGAGGAUAUUACAUGGCGGCGCGGAGAUACGAAAUUUCUCUUCCAGUGUGAAAAAUUUUUCAACACGAGAAGAGAAAUUUCGUAUCUCCAAGCGACCAUGUAAUGUUCUAUUUAUUAUAUAAACACCAAUGAAAUACCAAACCAUUUUACUUAAGUAGUUUUAUGGUCUGAAAGGUGCAGCUCAUUAUGAAGCCAUAAGAACGGUGAUAUUUUCACAUGUGAAGACAACAAGUUUUCGCCCGAAUGCUCACUUGGUAUUUCAUAGGUGUUUAUAUAAUAAUAAUAAAUAUCUAACAGGCAUACCUCUUUAUAAGAAGGUUUCAUACACAAAAACUUUCACAGUUUUUAGAACUGCCAGACAUUCUUUUUUUUUUUCUAUCAAACCCUUUAUAUCUUGAAGGAUCUGGUUUGAGAGACCUGGGAAUUAAAUGAAUUUAAGAAUAUUACUGAAGUUUUAAACAAACUCUUCCUAGGUUACCAAGAACAUGGAUGGUGUCGUCAAAGGUUUGGAUAAAGCUAUGCAGUCAAUGGACCUUGAAAAGGUGUGGAACAUGUAUUCUUUCCCAUAUCUCAGGGGUGGAUCCAGGAUUUUUCUUAGGACGGUUUGCACCACUAAGGAAUGGCGUAACUGACUGGUGACGAAAACAAAUUUUAAAAGCGAAUACGACGAAAGAAGGCUUUUGAUUAGGCAAUAACAUAAUGUGAACUGCUGUGAAUACAUAUCAAACAAUACAGCAGUUUUUUUUUAUAACUGUAUUAGAAAGCAGCAGGUCAAGUUAGGGGGGAGGGGCAGUGCGCACCCCCUGCACUCUCCCCCCUAGAUCCUCCCCUGUAACUGACUGUGACUGUUAGACAAGACAAGACAACAACUCAGACAUAUAUCACCGUAAUUUUACUUCAUAAUAAUUACAAUUUCUUCACACGCAGUUAGCCAAAAUGAUAGUCAUGGUGUGCCAAAUUAUUUUGUAGAAGGUUACAACAAAUAUUACAAAAUAAUAAAAAAAAUUAAAAAGCAAAGACUAAAAGAAAAGAAAGAAAAUGUGUGAUUACAUGUACAUCAAAGACAAAAAAGAUAUUAAAAUCUGUGUGAUGCAUUUAAUAAUCUGAAGAGCCUAAGGUUUAGCAUUUCCUGAUUUUAUAGCCUGCGUAGCAAGCGUUUCCAAUCGAGUUAUUGCGCGAAAGUUAGAGCGGAAGCAAAAAAAAGGUUGAAGGGGGAGUGGGAGGGGAGAAGAGGAAACGCUUGCCCGCAAACCCCACGAUUCUGGAAAACGCCCCUUGAUAUUUCACGGUUCGGUUCAUUUGUAAAUUGACAGCUCGUCAAAAUAGAAACAUAAAGAACAGAUUACCCCUGGAUUACCAGAUUUGUAAAAUUACUUUGUUCUCAAAUAGAACACGUUGCAGGCGAUUGCAAGAACUGUAAUAAAAAAGAUUUACGAUAAAAGAAAGUUAAAACCAUGAAGCGAUUGCUGCGGAAUUUCUUGUUUUUUUAUCGUGUGGCUUUAUCUCGUCUGAAACCUUGUCGACACGUCAAAAUUGAUUUGUCCGGAACAAUUCACUCCGCCGGUUAUAAGUUUUGCAGAGCGGCUGCUCUUCAGUGUGUGUCGAAACGUUCUCUACAAUAGAUGCCGCUAAAUUUCCAAUAAACAAAAAAAAUCUUUUCAUUUCAAAAAGCUGACAAAUCGCUUGUCCAUGGCGGCUUUAGCUAGUGUCGAGUACCGAUGUUCUGAUUUACGUUGAUGUUCUUAUCUCCAACAAACAGUCCAUUUUUUCCAGUCAGAUCCGCACGCCGUCAUUCUCAAUAAAUUGGCCUUCCCUAGUCUCCACUGCUCGAUCUCCAAUUAUACUUUGAAGGCUCUGAUCUCAUAAACCUUCGCACAAACACGAUUCCAAUAAAUAUCAGUCCAAAGCAUUUGUAAUCUGCGACCACAAAUCAGAUGAGACCAGAUCUGUGAAGCACGAAAACAAAGCAUACCUGGUUUGAUUGAUGUUUCGAAUGCCAAGUACUCAACACUACCCGCACCGCGCCAAUCAGAGGCUGCGUUCGUGGGCGAACGCAGUUUUUCAAAAUCGUGGGGUUUGCGGGCAAGCGGUUCCUUCUUUCCCCUCCCCCUCCCCCGUCAUUCAUUUUUUUGCUCUUGCCCCAGCUUUCUAGACGAACCUCGCGAGGAAACGCUUGCUACGCAGGCUACUGAUUUUAUUUCUUGCAUUAUUAUGGUUGCAUUAAGGCAAUCAUCUUUGUCUUUUAAUAUUAUUUCAAACAGCACACUGAUUAAAUUCAGAAGUUUCCAGCAUUGAUGUUUUCUUUUAAUCUCACAAUAGUGGUCUUUGCCUUUUUUCAGAUUUCAGCCACAAUGCAAAAGUUUGAAGGCAUGUUUGAAGAUCUUGAUGUUAACACACAGGUAGAGUGUGCUGUAAACUCCAUUAUUUUUUAUCUUCUGUUGUGAAAUAACUUUAAUUUGCAAAGUUUUCACAUGUGGAGUGGAGAAUCUAGCUAUAGUCUUCAGCUGAAUGGCUAGAUUCCUAUAAUAAAAAAUAAAAAUGUGUUUUAUUAUUCCAGUUUCUCUUGAAAUUUCUAAAAGUUCAGACACUUUGAAAAAUAGAGUGAAGUUGAGAUUACCCGUAAAUCACAUAAUUUAAUGCCCUUUUUCCAUAAUUUAUUUUUCAUCAUUAGAGGCCUUUAGCAUCAGAUUUUUCAUGGGAAUCUGAAACUUGCAGUUUGCAGUUAAAAAUUUGCAGUUUAUGGUUGUCUGGCUUUUGAAUUUUAGCAAGGAGUUUGUUGUUUCGACCCACCAUGUUGUUUUUCAUCAAGUCGAAGUGCUUUACUUUUAUUGCCUAAAAAGUAUGAAAAAUUCAUUGACUCGGUUUCAAAAAUCUAACUAGCAUGUCGAAGGCAGAUAUAGAAAGUUACUUUGUGAGCCUGUACAAUUUUUAGUGGCAAAAGCCGGAAGCUGGAAGCACUUCCUGCCUUUCAAACGUGAACUGCAAACUGCAAACAUGACCACAUGACUGUGGUCUCAGGUUUGAAGUUAGCGGGUUCCCCAUGAAAAACCUGAUGCGAAAGGUCUCUAUUUCUUGAUUUAUUUCCAGGUGCUAGAAAAUGCAAUGGGUGAGGCCACUACAUUGUCAACACCACAAGACCAGGUGGGAGGAUUUUAAAUUAACUUCUUUCUUAUUAUCGAUAGCAGGGGGAAGAAGAUUUUUAAAAUAACAAAAGUUGUACUACCUGUGCUUGAUCCUGUCUAUAUCACAAAAACAUAAUUUAACCAGAGUUAAAGGGGCUAUGCCAUGCUAUGUUUUAUCUUUUUCACAGCUCUAAAAAAUAUUGUACAUCAUUUAAAUUAAAAAAGUCAUAGUCCAGUUUUAUUAUUUAAGAGUAUGUUUAGGCAUCAAAAUUGUUUCCUAUCGUCUGUUGCUGUGGAUGGCAAGGACCCAUGGAUUGUGUAAAAGCACUAAGUAAUAACGUCAUCACAGAAUUGACAUAAAAAGCAAUGUCUUUGUGACAAAGCCCCUUUUAAAACCAUCAGCGAUGAUGCACAAAUCACUUAACUCUGAUGAUGACUUUUACACAGGUUAAUGUUGAAACAUUGGUCACCUUCACCAAGUCGGUCUUGUUCAGAGCCACACUCCAUUUUUUGAUACAACAAAAUAUUAAGCACAAAAAAACAUAAAAGUGGUUCCUUUAUUCAAGCAAGAUGAAAAUUGUCACUUAAGUUAACAAGACCCGAGCAGUUGUGCAGACCACCUAACCCCCUUUCUCACUAACGUUGAUAUUUUUACUCACAGUAUUCUCAGCCAAUGUUGCUUGCCAGUUGGACAACAUGUGAUAUUAAAACAUGCUAGCCUUGCUGUUAGACAGCAAUUCUGUUGCGUUUUUAUUUAUGUGCAUUUACUUCAUUACACAUCUGAACUGAACAAAUAAAAAAAAAACUUUGCAAGGUCACUGAUCAUCAAUGAACAGGGCACGCGAAAUAGCCAUGUGAGCUAUUCAAAAAGCACUUGCAAACAAUCAUUUUUUUUCAGGGACUAACAGUUUAGUGAUUUUGGUAGUAAUUAUGCAUAAUACUGUAAUAUUAUGCUUGGAUUUGUGAAAGUUUUGUAUAACUUGGCCUGAAUAUAGCCAAGGUACAUGUACAGUGUAUAAGCAGUGACAAAAAUUAAUUUGUUGUUGUUGUUGUGUUUACCUAAAUUGUUAUUGUAUUCAACAAGGUUGAAGCCCUUAUGCAGCAAGUUGCAGAAGAAAAUGGUUUAGAAAUUAUGAGUGAACUGGAGGCUGUACAACCGGGCACUUCCUCCCUAAGAACUCAAGAGGGAGAAAGAUCACAAAAAGAUGAAGAUCAACUAAGCAAAAGGUGA